GUAGGUAGAGCUAUACAUAUUUACUUAUGUAAGUAUUUUACGAAUAACUUUAAAUUACAUAGUUCAAUAUGUUUAAAAAAACCAAAAAGUGUGAAAAUGAACAGUGCGAUGUGUCAAAUAUUCUGGAAAAGUUCGGCAAAUAUCAAAUCCUGCAGUAUUUCUACGCUUGCCUCCCGGCGAUGUUCGUUUCUAUGAUCAAUGUGAAUUAUAUUUUUGUUGCGGGAGAGGUAAAUCAUAGAUGUCGAGUACCAGAAUGUGAGUCUUCAUGCCCUGAAAUGGCGGUGUCCUGGUGGCCAGCAGCACACGUCGACCACUGCUCCAAGCCAGUGCUGAACAGCACCAUCCUAGAAGAUAACCUCUGCACCAACCUAAGCUUUACUGGCGCAGUCGAAGAAUGCAAGGAUUGGAUAUAUGAGAAUAACAACACCGUUUUUUCCAUGUUCAACUUAGCAUGCCAUCCGUGGAAACAGAGUCUGAUCGGAGCUGUGCACAACAUCGGAAUGGCCUUAGCGACGCUAGUGGCUGGCUGGAUGGCAGACAGAUUCGGCCGCAAGCCCAUUAUAGUCGUUUGCUCUAUUGGCUGUUUGCUGGGCAACCUGAAGACCCUGGCUACGUCAUAUCCAGUGUAUAUUGCACUUGAGUUUCUGGAAGCUGCUAUAUGCGGCGGAGUUUACUCUGUUGGGUCAGUUAUAAUGAUUGAAAUCGGGAACAAGAAAAACAGAAUGCUGGCUGGAGUUCUUUUCGCAUAUGCCAUAUAUAUGGGCGAAGCUGUUUUCGCAGUGGUCGCUAUGCUGGUGCCGUACUGGAAAACCCUGAUCCAUAUAAUUUGCAGCCCGACUCUUCUUUUCAUCACCUAUGUACUACUUGUAAGGGAGAGCCCUCGAUGGCAAAUAUUAAACGGAAAGGUGGUCCCGGUAAAGAGUACCCUGAAACUUAUAGUGAAGACAAACAAACUGAACGUUAAAACGGAAGAUAUAGAUAAUUUGGAUGAAGAGAAACUUAAAAGUACGUAUAGUAUGGAAAGUAACACAACGAAAGAGGGGUUUAGAGAAGUAUUCAGGUGUAGAGAGGUUCUGAAAAGGUUUCUAGUAGCGACCGCUUGUCGGUUCACCGUCACUUUUAUCUACUACGGUCUGAUCAUCAACUCCGUUUGGUUGCCGGGGAAUAAAUAUACGAACUUCCUGCUGGCUGCUGUUAUGUCCUUCCCUGGCGAACUGAUGUCCAUGUACCUGAUGAACAGGGUUGGGAGAAAGAAGCCGCUCAUAUACGGAUAUCUGAUUAGUGGAAUAGCCUGCAUAGCUUGUGGAGCUGUGCCUGGAUCAAUCACGUGGCUAAAGAUAUCCCUGUUCCUAAUCGGGAAGCUGGUGACGUCAGCAUGCUACACCGGCAUCGUCACGUAUACCAUGGAGCUGUUCCCCACCAGCGUGAGGGGAUCUAUGUUAGGACUGUGUAGUCUGGCCUCCUCUGUGGGAAACAUGGUAGCACCUUUGACACCAGUACUGACUUCAAUAUCACCAGUCUUGGCUCCUAUUUGCUUCGGAUGCACAGCUGUUAUAGCUAGUUGCCUCCUCACCCUCACUCCAGAGACCAGGGACCUUCCGCUCAUGGAUACGAUAGACCAAGUGGCUAGAAGUGUGGCAAUUGAUAAUGAUAAAACUAUUAAAGGAAAUAAAAAACAUAACGGGAAUAUGAAAAGUCCUGAGGAUGUUAGGAGAUGCGAAGUGUUCUAAAUAGCAACCAGCAUUUAAUAUAAGUAGGUACUUAGUGCAUUUGUAGAUGUAACUACGUAAGUUAGGAUUUAGUUUUGUACUUAAAUAAAAAUUUGAUUUAAAUGUUUUUUUUUAAUUAG